AUGGCCGAACGACAAACCCGCAUAUUCCCCGUCCAACGCCUCAACAAACCCCUCGACCAUAACAAAACCAUCGCAGAAUGGUGGGCAGAAGAGAAAGUCAAGGGAACACCAGAAUCCGCCGCCGUCCUCGAAGCAGCUGAAGCUCUACGAACAAGCGAUAUCCCCGUCGGCUUUCCAACGGAAACUGUAUAUGGCCUCGGCGCAGAUGCGACGAGGAGUGGAUCAGUGCAGGGGAUAUACAAGGCAAAGAAACGACCAUCAGAUAACCCAUUAAUCGUGCAUGUAGACUCAAUUGAGAUGGUGAAUCGAUUAUUGAACCCGGACGGAAACUCGACUACCAAAAUCCCCACAAUAUACGAACCGCUCAUAUCCCGCUUCUGGCCAGGCGCACUUACAAUCCUCCUCCCCAACCCGAAGGGAUCGCUGUUGGCGAAAGAGGUUACCGCGAAUCUACCUACGUUUGGCGUGCGUAUGCCAUCAUCUGCAUUCGCGCGACUCCUGAUUCACGUCACCGACAGACCACUCGCCGCGCCCUCGGCCAACGCAUCUACGAAACCAUCUCCGACAACAGCACAACACGUCUAUCACGACUUGCAGGGCCGAAUUGAUUUAAUCCUUGACGGAGGGCCCUGCGGUGUAGGUGUCGAGAGUACAGUCGUCGAUGGCUUGUCCGAUCCACCCGCCAUCCUUAGGCCAGGCGGUAUCGGAAUUGAAGAGAUAAAGACUUGUCCGGGUUGGGAGAAUGUGCAGGUUGGAUAUCAUGAUAAUGCUUUGCAAAGCAAAGAAGCGCCGAGAGCGCCGGGGAUGAAGUACAAGCAUUAUUCACCCAAGGCGCGCGUGGUCUUGUUUGAGGCUGGGUCGGAUCUGGAGCUGGUUGCAGCUCAAGUGAAGCAGGAAUCGGUUAGCAAUCGGCCUGUGGAUGGAUCAUCUGGACGAAGAAUUGGUAUUAUUAGGACAAAGACGUGGCCUCUCGCUGUCCAGUUAGCGUCAGACGCCGAAACAUCAUCUCAAACUCAACAAACCUCUUCAGACAACGACGACACUCUCCCUAUUCGCCAAAUUUCAGUACCCAUAGAAGAUAUUCCUACAACAAUCUACGACGUACAACUAGGCUCCAGCGCAGAGUCCAUUGCUCGGGGUUUAUUUGCUGCAUUGCGAAGUCUAGAUGCCGAGAAUGUGGAUGCAAUAUAUAUUGAAGGUAUUCGUGACGAUGAGGGUGAUCUUUCAGCGGCGGUGAUGAAUAGACUUAGAAAAGCGGCAGAGGUAUAUGUUGCUGUAUAG